AUGUCGGUUCAGAGGACACCUCCGACUACAACCCCGAGGGAAAAUAAUCUGCAGCAGCAGUCUGAUGUGGGCGCUGGUAUGGGGCCUCAGGCUGAAGCCUUGAUGGAUACACAGUAUGAACAUACCCCCUCCAGCUAUGUUUUAAUUCGAAAUAAUAGAAGACCAAGAGAGGAUGAAUUUUCACCUUCCCAGUUUCUUGAUUUCAAACAGGAGAUGACUAGACUCAUAACGUCAUUUAUUACUGAGCAAAAAAACUCACAUAUGGAAAUCACGAAUACACUUAAGACCCUCCAACAAACUACUUCAAACAUUGAACAGUGUGUGUCUCUCUUAACUCUGCAAAAUGAGGAAUUCCAAAAGAAAAUUGAUAAACUGGAAACUCAAAGCGAGGCACAGGUGCACCAACUUCUUCAACAAAAGUGA